AUGGGGUUCAUGAGCGACAGGCACGAGGUCUCCCUGGACAAGUGCGAGAAGAACGAAGUUGGGCAGGCGGGAGUCGUGUCUGAGCUCCGACGCGAGGCACCUGAGUUCGUCCCUCUCCGCGGGAUGAUAAUGACAACCAUAUGCCUGGUCUUGCGGGUCGUUCUGGCUGUGCGGACCUUCCUGCUUCUGCGGACCUUUCUGGUCCUGCGGAACUUCCUUGUUCUGCGGAUCUUCUCGGGGGUCCUGCUGAUCUUCCUGGUUGUGCGGAUCUUCGACCAGGUGGUGGGGAUCUUCCUGGUCCUGCGUUUCUUCCUGAGUGUGUGGGUCUUCCAGGUCCUGCUGACCUUCCUGUUUGUGCGGAUGUUCUUCCUUGUCCUGCGGAUCUUCUUGGUCGUGCUGAUCCUCUCGGGGGUCUCGCGGAUCAUCAUAGACGCGCGGAUCUUCUCAGUUCUGCGGGUCUUCUCGGAGGUCCUGCUGAUCUUGCGGAUCUUCGACCAGGCCGCGGUGAUAUUUCUGGUCCUGCGGUUCUUCCUGGUUGUGCCGGUAUUCCUGGUCCUGCGGAGCUUCUUGUUUGUGCGGAUGUUCUUCCUUCUGUUCGUGCCGAUCCUCAUGCGGUCGUCUUUUGUGCCGUUCCUGUUGACGAGUUUCGUGCCGUUCGACAGCUGGCAGCGGAACAACUGCCGGCUCGCGUCUCCCUGUGGGGACGCGGAUCAGUGUGACUGUGAGUGCGAGCCGAUCGAGUGCCCGACGGGGGAGCCGGCAGCCGAGCCAGACGACGUGAAGGAUUUGUGGAAGGCGGCCGCCUUCGGAGGCAUGUGCUUGGGAGUGUGGUACGACGACGACGACGACGACGACGUGUGGCACGCGCGGUUGCUAAUCUACCCCAGGGUUGGCAAGUGGCGCUUCCUGACCCCAGACUUGGACUCGUGCGAGAAGGAUGUGUCUUGCCAGGAUGAUCAGGACGGGCCCUCAUGGUCCAUCGUACUGGACGACGCCAGACAGGACUGCAGCGGACCUGAAUGGAAGUGCAGCGCGUGCGGAUGUCAAGAGUGGUACUGGAACUCCGUGGCGGAGAAGAGGUGCCACGUGUGCGGGCACACGUCAACAGCACGCAGCCAGGCCGAGGCGACGAGCGCGGCGCUGGAGCGACCCGCGGCUGCCGCCUCGUCCGAGCUCUCGGAGUGCGCCGCCUUGCCGCUGAAGUCCGCGGCCUUGGCCGCCAUCGCUGGCGGCCGCGACGACGACAACGACGACGAGGACCCGCCGCUUGCUCGCCCAGCGGCGCUGGGCUCCCGGCCGCACGGGGCCCGGGCGGCCUCGCCCGGGCGGCUGCGGGUGGCGGCCGUGCCCAAGAAGAGGGCCUUGCCCGCUGGGCAUGCGCAGGCGAAACUGGCCCGCGUGGCGCAGGCAGCCGGCGCUGCCCAGAGCGCGCAGCAGCCCAGCACCGCGGCCGCCACACAGCCGCCCAGCGUCGCCCCGGCGGCGGGGGGCCGCCCCCGCACACAGCCACCCGCCCCCGCGCAGCCACCCGGCGCCACCCUCGCUGCGGCAGCGCGGCCCCCUGCGGUAACGCCGCCCCGCGGUGCCGCUGCGCCCUCGACGGAGGAUUUUCCUGCCCCGAGCACGCGGCUGGUCGGGUGCGCUGCCGCAGACAGGACGCGGCCCUCCGGAGUGCAGCCCUCCGUGGCCUCCGCUGCGCGCCCGCCUUGCCAGGCCUUGGGCGAGCAGCACCGGGCGCCCGGCGACCUCCUCGCGGCGGCGCAGCGCCCCGCGCCGCGCCCCGUGGUGGCCUCGCCGGCGCGCGCGCGGCCCACCGUCGUGGCCCCGCGCGAAAAGCCCGCGGCUGGCGCCCCGGCGAUGCCGCCCCCCGCCGCCGCCCGCGCGCAGCAGCCCGGCCAGGCCCCGGGCACGCUGCAGCCAGGCCAGGCCUUGGCAGCGGCGGCGGUGGAGGAGCGGCGCGCGGCGGAGCAGCCUCGCGAGGAGCGCCGCGCGGUGGAGGAGAAGGAGCGGCGCCGCGCGGCAGAGCGGGAGGAGCGGCUGGCUGCCGAAGAGGGCCGAGGCGAGGAGGAGCAGUCCGCGCCAGCCGCUGAGCUGGGGUCAGGAGGUCCACGGGGCUUGUGCCGCGCAGAAGGUCGUGGCGCCGGAGGUCAGGGGGCCCUGCAGGACGGGCCGGAUUGGGCGAGGCGGCCCACAGGCACAGCGCUGCCGAAGCAGCCGCCGCCUGUGAAUCCCCCGCGGGCAGCCGCGCAGCGCCCGCCACGGUUCUUCGCUGUGCCCUGCCUCGGCCGCGGCCCGCGCAGCGGCCCGCCCGGCGCCACCCUCAAGAAGUGCCCGGGCCCCGCCCCCAAGACGCCUCCGAGGUCGCCGCCGAAGGCGCAGGCGGUCCCGCCCGUGCCGCCGACGCCGCCCUCGGGCUCCGUUUCGGCGGCGGCCUCGAGCAAGGCGGCCAUGGCAGCAUCCGUCGCGGAGGAGUGGGGCGAGCUCGCGCGCCGCCUCGCCCGGGGCGCGGCAGGCGGCGCGAGGGCGGGCGCCGGGAGCGGGAAGGACAAGCUGGGCAUAGUGGACUUCCCAAUGCCCCAGUUCAUCCUCCUCGGCAAGCAGUCGGUGGGCAAGAGCCGCUUGAUAGAGGCCCUCGCGGGAGAGACCUUCAAUUUCGUUUCCGGCACCUUGGGCAGCAGGCGGCCGACGGUCUUGGAGUUCCGGAACGUGGCGGGGGCAGGAGCUUCCAAGUGGUUCGUGCGGGACAAGGCCACCAACCAGUGGGACGAGCACACCGUCGCGGAGGUGAUGGUCAAGAUCGGACAAGCGCACGAGGAGCUGGGCGAGACCGUAUCGACAGAUCCCUGCUGGGUGCGCAUCGAGUCGCCCGGCUGCGUUGACAUGCAGAUCGUCGACUUGCCUGGCUUCCGCGAUUUCUCCAUCGACGAUAGCAAGAAAGAGCUCUCCAGGAAAAUCGAGGAGUUGAACAAGGGGUUCAUGUCUGAUGCCCGGAACGUGAUGCUGUGCGUGGCCGCCGGAGGCCUGGCCUCGGGUGCCGUGCGGCGGCCGCGCGGCAGGAGCACGCGCAGCCACGAGGUCGCUCUGGUGGGCACUCUUGGGCUUGAGCAGCCUUGGCCAAGCAGGAUGGGGCCCAAGAAGCCUCCCAGCGGCCACAGCAAGCAGCGCGCCGCUUGGUCGCAACCCUGGUACUGCCGCUUUUGCUGGGCCCCAUCGGGCGAGCGCUGGUGGAAUCACGUGGAUUUGCUGGCCUGCAAGAAGUGCCAGCGAUCCAAGGGGCAGUGCUUCCAUUCGAAUCGCGUGCCCCACGAGCCCUCUGUGUCAACCCAGGGCAAGGCAGCGGCUGCUGAGAUGCGCAAGCUCCAGGCGGAGCUCAAGGAGGCAAAGUCGGAACUGGUCCAGGCCAGGGCCGAGGCCAAGGAGGGCAAGGCAGCUACGGCCACGAAGCCCGACCCCUUCGGCAUGGACGUCGACUCCAGCAUGGCACAGCUCGGGGCCGAGGUGGCGGCGCUACGCGAGAAGCAUGCCGCUGAGCUGGCGCAGCUGCGGGCCAAGCAGAUGGGUCAGAAGCCGCUGCCCGUCCAGAUGCAGCGGCUCUCGCAGCAGAUCACAGGUCUUGAGCGCAAGGCCGAGGGCAAACGCGAGGUCAUGGCCAAGCUGCUGGGCCAGUUGCGGGAGCUCCAGGCGCAGCACGACGAGGCUGCAGCAUCCCUCGGCUCCAUCCAGAGCGAGAUCGCGGUGUUGGAGGCCCAGCGCACGGAGGUGGCGGUGCAGUUCCCGCAGCCUACCACCGUGGUCGAGGGCGUCAAGGCCUCUCUCGAUUCGGUGCUGCCGAGUGUGCAGAUGUCGGUCGAGCAGAUGGUGCAAGUGCUCGGUACCUUCGGAGCCGACGAGGAGACUGCGCGGGACUUGCACAGGGCCGCAGGCAGGGUUCGCGAGGCAGCCGUCAAGGCGCAGGCGGAGCGGCAGGCAGAGCUGGAGCGCCAGCAGGCGGAGGCGGCCCGAGCCGCCGGCCCCCCCGCGGGCGGCGCGGCGCCUGGCACUCCCGAGCCUGCGGUGGCGCCGCCUGCUGCGACCAGGGGCUUUCGCUUGCCUGCUGCUGCCGGUGUGGGCGCUGUUUCGCCAGGGGUGCUCAAGGCCUUCCUGCAGGCCAUGGGGCAGACUGUGCCCCCCGACUAG